ACACCAAAUCACCAAUCAACUACCCAAAAAAAAGCACAAAAAUAUCAAAAAAGAAAAAGAAGUGGUAAGUGGGAUUUCAGAUUAACGAACAAAAAGAAAAAACUUUGAUCCUCCCAUGCUUCCAAAUUUGCAGUAGAACAAAGAAAGUUGCCAAAUUUCCAAAAGGGUUCUUAUUUCUUUGGUCGAAUUCAAAAGGGUUGUUUCCAUUUUCCUCAAUUUAUCAAAUUUUGUUGUGUGAAUAAUAGUGGCAUUGUAGAGGGAGGGGAUCGUGGAGAUGGAAGCAAAAGAUGGAGCCUCAAAUCCAACCUCCUCUACCAAAAAGAAAUCCAGAAAACCCAAAUAUUCCAAGUUCACACAGCAAGAGCUUCCAGCUUGCAAACCAAUUUUAACACCAGCGUCGGUCAUUUUAAUAUUUGUCGCCAUCGGCAUUGUCUUUAUACCAAUUGGACUUGCUUCCUUAUUUGCAUCAGAGCGUGUGGUGGAAGUCGUCCACCACUAUGACAAAGAUUGCAUUCCUCUUAAAUAUGCGGAUAAUAUGCUUGCAUAUAUUCAGAGUAGUAAAACUAACAAGACAUGCAUUAGGAGACUCACUAUUCCGAAACAAAUGAAAUCUCCUGUUUACAUUUACUACCAGCUUGAUCACUUCUAUCAGAAUCAUCGCCGAUAUGUUAAAAGUAGAAGCGACAAGCAAUUGCGGAGCAAGUCCAAUGAAAAUAAAACAGAUGACUGUGCUCCUGAACGCUAUACAACAAAGGGUGUAAUUGUUCCGUGUGGUCUCGUUGCAUGGAGUUUGUUUAACGACACAUACAAGUUUUCAGUGAAUAACAAACAACUAGGAGUCAGCAAAAAGGACAUCACAUGGAAAAGUGACCAAAAGAACAAAUUUGGCUCAGACGUCUAUCCUAAGAAUUUUCAGAGCGAGGGUUUGAUUGGAGGAGCAAAACUGAAUUCUAGCAUACCUCUGAGUGAACAAGAAGAUCUUAUGGUUUGGAUGCGAACUGCAGCAUUGCCAACUUUCAGAAAACUGUACGGGAGAAUAGAAGUGGACCUUGAAGCCGAUGCUGUAGUAACUGUGACAAUAGAGAAUAAUUAUAACACCUACAGCUUCCGUGGCAAUAAGAAGUUGGUACUUUCAACUGCAAGCUGGAUUGGCGGAAAGAAUUAUCUACUAGGCGUGGCAUACCUUACUGUUGGUGGGCUGUGUUUGUUCUUGGCUCUAGCAUUCCUACUUCUCUAUCUGAUCAAGCCAAGGCCUCUUGGGGAUAUAUCGUACUUGUCUUGGAACAGGAGUGCAUCAGGAGGACACAUAUACUAGAAGUCCGUCCAUGCAUCUUAGUAUCCGCUUCGAUCUUUUUUGGGACAAUCUUUUUUGCCAUUAGGCUGGCCAGAUCGAGAUUUCUAUAUGUUUUUCUUGGAUCUUUUGCUUUAUUUUGCUAUUUAUAGAUCUUUAAAAGGACCAAUUUGUGUAAAUAUUGUAUUGCAGUUGUGUAUCAUAUGAAUUUCGAGCAAUGGCAUUGCAUAGAUUUUUCGUUUUGGACGAAUUACUAAAGUUUGUUUGGGAUUGCGUUUUACUAGGAGGUUUCUAUUUGUAGGUUUUUAUUUGGACA